AUGUUGGCAGGGAUUGUAAUGAGGAGGAUGGGGACUAAGACGACGAUGAUGAUGAGAAUGAUGAGGACGACGACGAGAAGAGAGAUGAUGACAACACACAACUUGAGGCUUCACUCUCCUCCUCUUCGCUCUUCUCCUCCAUCCUCUCUUGUCUCGCGCUCCAACAUCUGCCCCCUACCAAGGCUGGACGCUUUCGGAGGUUGCAGGGGAAGAGCGAGCUUAUCUAGCGCUGUCGAGGAAGUGAAGGACGAGUCGAACGCAGCAGAGGUCAACCCAGUUGUGGAAGAGAAUCUGAAGGAGCUCCUUGAGCUCAUAGAGGAGAAGAAGGGUGCCGACGUUCAGGUCCUCAAUGUCAAAGAUUACCCCAAGUUGAUAAACAUCUCAGAGUACACUGUGAUCACAACGUGUACGAGCAGGAGACAUAUGCGGAUCGUUGCCGAACACGUUGUGGAGCACUUCAGGUUGAAGGGGAUGCUGGUGGAGAAGGUGGACGAGAACGAUGAGGUGAUAAAGGCGUCCCCCGCCAUCGAGGGCAUGGAAUCGGAUCGCUGGAUGCUCGUAGACCUCAACGAGAUUGUGUUUCAUGCUUUCACCCAGGAGGGACGCGACUACUACAAGAUCGAGGAGAACCUGCGGACUGAAAGCCCCAUGGAUGGGAUAACUAUGACGUGA